UUUUCCCCGCCGGCGGCUGAUCAAUAACAAAGCAAGCAGCGAAAAGUUUAUCUCGAACAAACGAAGAAAAAGAAAAGCAUAACCGUACCGCAACCGGAGCUAUGGAAGAUGGAAAUAGCGGAGGUGGAGGUAUUGAAUUCGCCGGCGGAAUAGGAAAUACGAGCUUCGACGACCUACCAGAGGGAUGCAUCGUCAAUAUCCUGUCCUUCGCUACCCCGGUCGACGCUUUGCGAUUGUCCAGGGUAUCGUCGUUGUUCAGAUCCUCGGCCAACUCCGAUGCCUUGUGGGACAGGUUUCUGCCCUCUGAUUACGACUCGAUCAUUCCCAAUUCCACCGAACUUCCGUCAUUCUCUUCAAAGAAAGAACUGUUCCGCGCGCUUUGCAGUCGCCCGAUUUUCUUCGACGACUGCAAGAAGAGCCUUUGGUUGGACAAAGAGAGUGGCAAGAAAUGUUACAUGCUUGGUGCUAGAGGUCUCUCCAUUGAAUCAAGUGACAGUCCUCACCACUGGGCUUGGAUCAAAGACAAAGAUUCCAGAUUUCCCGAGGUUGCUGAGCUUAAAUCCGUCCCUGCCCUCGACAUUCGCGGUGAAAUUACUACUUCCAUGAUGUCUCCUGGAUCAAGAUAUGCUGCAUAUCUUGUGUACAAGCUCCAGAGAAAUGCGUUUGACUGCCUUUUGGUGGAGACCUCUGUUGGCGUUGCUGGAGCCGACUCCACAAUUUGUCUGAAUGUUGAUGUGGAACCCUUUUGGCAUCAUCAUCGAAACAGUAAUGCAGUGCUGGGAUUGAAACGCCCGAAGAAGAGGAGAGAUAAAUGGUUGGAGAUCGAGUUGGGGGAGUAUUUCAACGAGGCUGCUAAGAGCGGGGGAUUGGAGCCGGUUGCCAUCCAAGUGAAGGCUGGAGGAGAAACUUGGGGGUGCGUCGUCAUUGAAGGAAUCGAAAUUAGGCCUGCAAUUGGUCAGUGAUUUUUUACAGUCGUCGAAGUUCAAUUGUACAUGAAAGAUAAGAAUAAGGUCUAAUUUUCAUUAGAUUCAGCAUCUUAGUAAGAAAAUAGCCAACUAACAACACAUAAUAGUUGUCUUUUGAUAAGAUUUUCAAGUGGAUUCAUCUUAAAUUAAUGAUUAGAAGCUAAGUUUUUAUCCAGAAUUCAUAGGGUCUCAUAUCCAAAAUAAAACAUUAUCUACCCAUUUGCCCAUAAAAAUCUCUUUAACUCUUCCUUCCCAUGUAUCAUGUAUCAUGUAUGAUCUAUGGAUCUGCAAUCCUUAAUGUGCCUCUGUUAAGGAUGAACAUAUUAAUCUCGUUAUCUAAUUCUAAACAAAAUUCUCUUACUCGAUAAAAAUUAUACAUAACAAUUGAAUUGUCAAGAAAUGAACAUAUAAAUCUCGUUAUCUAGUUCUAUACAAAAUUCUUGUACUUUGAGGUGACAAUUAAGAUCCAUAUCUAUGAAUCCAAUCCAUCCACCUCAUUCAAUUCAUUUAAUCCAAAUCCAAUUGGAUUGGUGGAUCCAUGGAACCAAAUGGCAAACUAUGGGGUUUUUUUAUCCAAGAUAAGCCCACAGGGCAUGGCCGAACAACAAUAAUAGAAACUAAUAAAAAUAAAGAACGAUAGUCCGUAUGCAACGGACUCCCGAAGAAAGAGCUUGUUAUGCUUUGAGGUGGGCAGCUCUAGGAAAGCUCCAAUGAGCAAGCUAUGAUUUAGUACCUAUACUUUUUAUACUUUACAUUUUGGUAUCUAAAGUUUAUCAUUUAUACGAAAAAUAUCAUUAAAAAAUAUUUGGUACCUAAAUUUUUUCCAUUAUGACAUUUUAAUACCUAACAUUUUCAAAUUUUACAUAAUGUUCCAAGGUUUAAAUGUCAUUUGAAUUCAUAGAUCAAUUCGCCUAUCCAUUUAAUCCAUAAAUUUACAAAUUCAAUUCACCAAUUUAUGAAUCCAAUGUCCAGAACUAUACAGAACCAUCCAUGAUCCAAGAGUGGAUAUCAAGAUCUGCUUUUACAAACACUCUCAAAACUCAACCUCAAAUUGCCCAAUAGUGCUAACCCUGCUGGACACCCACAUUGCCUCGUUCCCAUUGGGUCCUUUCGAAGUUUCCUUAUUCUCGUCACUUAUCAAAACAAAAACCUGCCCCCUAUUUUCAUGUAACAAAGGACUGUGGCUCUUUAUCUUGGGAAAUUUCCUUGGCCACAUUACAUUUCCUUUACUGCGCUGUAGCAGCACAGCACACGCAUGCCCGCUCUCACUUUCCUCUCUAUUGCCAUUUUGCUGUUCUCUUGGUGUUGUUCAUAUGCAUAUACCAUCACCGUCAAUAUUAUGGCUAGUGGUUAGCAUUUUGGUGAAAGUUCAUAUGGGCGACAAGUUGCCUGGCCUCUGCGUGCAAAUCUUGCCUUUCUCAGCUAAAACGACACAUCGAUAUUACGUGGGCCCAAAUGGGAUGGCCCCAUAUAUAUAGGCUCUCAUGGCCCAAAGUGGGAGGACAAUCAAUCACAGUGCAAUUGAAGGCUUGUGAUUUCUUGAGGACAAGAAAAUUAGAUUGCGACUUGUAAGGUUACGAAUUAAAGAUUAUAGGAUCUU